GCGCGAGCCGCGCCGAGGCUGGCGCCGAGGCUGGCGCCAAGGCUGGCGCCGAGGCUGGCGCCGAGGCCGGCGCCGAGGCUGGCGCCGAGGCUGGCGCCAGGGCUGGCGCGAGGGCGGGCGCGGAGGUCGCCGCGUCGGAGAGGACCGACGAGACGGCGGUCGCCUGGCGCAUGAUGGGCUUGCCUGGCGAGCCGCCCCGCCAUAUUCCCGACAGCGACUACGUGGCCAUGAUGAAGGAGAAGUUCAAAAAGGAGGCGGCCGAGAGGGAGGCAGCCCAGGUGGCCCAGGUGCAGGCAGCCCAGGCGGAGGCAGCCGAGAACGAGGCGGCGGUGAAGGAGGCAGCCCAGAAGGAGGCAGCCGAGCAGGAGGCAGCCCAGGCGACGGCAGCCCAGGCGGAGGCAGGCAAGCAGGAGGCGGCGGCGAAGGAGGCAGCCCAGAGGGCAGCCGAGCAGGAGGCGGCGGCGAAGGAGGCAGCCCAGAGGGCAGCCGAGCAGGAGGCGGCGGCGAAGGAUGCAGCCCAGAGGGCCGCCGCCCAGGCAGCGGAGCAGCCAGCGCAGGCUGCGCCCCAGCAGCAGCAGCAGCAGCAGCAGCAGCCGCAGGCUGUGCCCCAGCAGCAGCAGCAGCAGCAGCAGCAGCAGCAGCAGCCGCAGGCUGUGCCCCAGCAGCAGCAGCAGCCACCGCAGGCUGUGCCCCAGCAGCAUCAGCCCUUCGAAUUUGGCAUGGACUUCUCCGACUUCUUCAACACCAGCGGCGGCGACGAUCUCGACAAUAAGAUAGCCUCGCAGGCGGCGAAGCUAGCAGCAGCUGUCGACGAUGAUGUGAUGUGCAACGUGCUGGGCGAGAUCUACAAGUCGCCUUCGUGGAGCUCCUACACGUCCACGGAGGCCGAGCUCGACGGGCAAGAGGUCGACCCCGACAACUGCACCAUUGACGCCGACAUGAAGGACGCAGAGUUUUGGGAGAGCAUGCGAGCCAAGAACUGGAUGUUCAACGCGAGGGGCGCCGCGGGCAAUGCCGCAGGUGGCCGCUGGCAACGGCACAUCACGGGGAAGGGCGCUCAGAGCAAGGCCGACAAGAAGGAGUACGACAAGCUGAGCGGCAACCAGGACGCCCAGGCAAAGUUCAGGGCGCAGUGGCUCAAGAGCACCUUCAAGCAUAAGAUGCAGGAGAGGGUCCACACGAAGCAGUUCCGCAAGCGCGUCUACAAGGACGGCAGGUACCUGACAGCCAACAGGAUCAUCGUGGAGGAGGGCGGCGGCAAGCGCGGCUCCAGGAGCUGCGCCAACUACUGCCUCAAGUGUUUGGCCAUCGGC